UAGAGGACGACCAACUACAUCGGCUCCACUGUUGAUCAUUCAGCUCCUACAUCUGGCAGGAAGUUCGGGAGCAACAAGAUCCAACCCGUCCUACUAAACAUUUCCAUUUUUAUUCGACGUUUUAGUAACACUGAAACAUCGACUAUGAAGUUACUGUGGGCUGUCAGUGCCCUGCUGUUGAGCUGUUGGCGAGCUAACGCGUCCACAGCCCCAAACAUUAUCAGCGAGCCUGCAGAGGUCAGCAACCAGACCUCCGCAGUCCUUACCUGCAACCUGACAGAGACCAGCCUUCCCAGCAAGGGCUCCUUCUGGACCCACAAUGGCAAACUUCUGGAAGAUUCCAAGUCUGACGCCCAUUCAUACACAGUCCUCCGUUUGGACAAGAUCACCCACAGUUCUGGUGGAAAGUAUGAGUGUGUGUUUAUGACUGAUCCAGAGGCGAAGCAGACAAUUGAAGUCAAAACACUUCCCCAUGUUGCAGCCUACAAGCACUCUGAGCACGGAAAUGAGCAGGACAAAGGUGUGAUGGUCUGCGUGAGCCAUGGCUAUCCACUGCCCACUGACUGGAACUGGUACAAAGAGGAAGAUGGUGGCCUAAAGGCCCUCAUCAACGGUACUCUCAAGUAUGAGAUCAAGAGCACUCCCAACAAGACCACUCUGACCAUUCAUGAGCUGAGCAUCGAAAAUGACAUAGGAGACUACAUCUGCUCUGGAACCAAUGAGCUUGGCACAACCACUGACCAGAUCCACCUUCGUGUCCGCAGUCGCUUGGCUGCUCUCUGGCCCUUCCUUGGCAUCGUGGCCGAGGUCAUCAUCCUGGUGACCAUCAUCUUCAUCUACGAGAAGAGGAGAAAGCCUGAUGAGAUCAAUGAUGACGACGACUCAGGAUCUGCUCCUCUGAAGAGCAAUUCUACUACAAACCACAAAGACAAGAAUGUGAGGCAAAGGAAUUCUAAUUAGAAGCUGAACGAGCUGGACAUCCAGAUGGCAGUCCAGGAUCCAGCUGUUGUGUGGCACAUUAUACUGUGCACCCUGCAAUUUUCAGUACUUUCUUCGUGCUUGGGUGUUAAUGUUUUAAGAAACUGACUGAUUUCCUCUCGUUUUAUUUUUCUUCUAUAUUCUUCUCCACAUUGUGCAGCCACAGAACAUAGUGUGAAGUAGUUUCUGCUUGAGGCCGCGGGGCAAAUAUUGCAUGAGUUUAAAUGCCGUUUUAGCAAAGUGUGUGUUCGUUGUAAAAUCAUUAGACUGUUCACGUGAGGAAUGCCUCGUUUGUGCUUUAUUUUCUGUCGAUGCUGAUUCUGCACUGACCUCACAGCUGUCGGUUUUUGCUUUUAUACGGGGUUCCCACGGUCCGGAAAUUCCUGGAGAAGUUAGGAAAUUUUUUUAAAAAAGUGUUUUGCCGGCCUGGAAAUUGUUUGGAAUUAACAAAAAGUUUUGAAUAUAUAUUGUUUGGCUAUAGUUUAAAAAACUUCCCAAAAAUCCCCAAACAUGUUACUAAUUUAACAUCUUUUGCUGCACUAAGUUACCAUCAAAAUGUCCCCAGUAUCACAUGAUACACAUAGACCAGACCAGCUUCAGGUCCUGGCGCAGACCACACCCCCUUUUGGGUGAAAGAAAUGUGGCGUCAAGUCAGGAAAGAAACGGAAAAAUGCUAAAGGGUUAUAUAUUAAGGUAACAAAGGCUUUGGGAAAUACCCGUAUGUGUCUGUCUGGUCUAUGCAAAAAUUUAGCGUCGAAAGUCUCAUGAGCGAAUAGAUCUUGCCUGGGAAGUGCGUGUUUGAUAAUGUAUGGCUGUAUAGGCCUACCUAUAUAAGCUACUUAAAGUCAUGGAAAUGGGGUCAAAUAUGAUGGAAAUGUUUUGAAAUUCACUGUCAGAAAUGUGUGGGAACCCUGUUUUUUAUUCUCCUCAUCUGGAAUGGUUCCUUGUAAAAAAAAAAAAAAAAAAAACAGCUGUUGAGAGGAUCUUAAACAUGUAUGAUCCUGAUCGAUCACUGCCAUCCUUACAGCAACCACUGGAGUGCAUUUGAAUUCGUGUUUGAUCUGUCCCCACACCGCCGCAAACCUCCCUUAGCAGAGUUUUAUACUUUGCCUUAACAAGCACCAUUUCUCUUUUUUUUUGUGUGUAUAUGUUAAAUUAAAUGCAGAAAUUAUGAAGGAUUGGUUGCCGUAAGAAAUUACAGUUCUUUAGUAGAAAAGCAUUUGUCCUUUAAAUCAUCCUUUUAUUUCCUUUUCCUCUUCACAUAUUUUAAAUCAAAAUUUUAGUCACAAAUGUUUUUGUUGCCAAUGUCACAUCCAGAGUGAAAAUAUAUUAAGGACCAAGUGCAAGUAACAUCUGUUGCUUCUGUCGAACGCAACUCGAAUACCACACAUUAAUGUUUCGGUUUAGUUCAGGAGAGAAUCGUUUGAGAUGUUUGUUUUUUUUUCUUUCUCGCUCAACAUGAUCUGAGAUAAAAAAAACAUUUGUGUGCGAUUGUCGGGCCGUCGUCUCUGUCCCCUCCACUGUGUAGAUGAUUGAGAAGCCAUAUGUUCCAUUUAACCUGAGUAGUGUUGUAAUUGGAUGUUACCAUUUCAGAGUUAAACAAAAAGACCUAGCCAGGAUUGUGUCAAUCGUUGUACCAGCCGAAUACAUGGAACACCAUCUGUUGAACAACUUGCACAAACUGAAUAAAGGUAUUCGAUUUUA